AUGGUACAUCCACUACAAAUAAAAACAAAAAUUCUUCCAAGCGAAGGGGACGAUGAUCAUCCAUUAUCCGCAAAAAAUGAUGACGAACCAGGCUCGGUAUUCCGUUUCUCAAGUGACGAAAAAGUUGCAAAUUUACCCAUGGGGGCAAGAUUAACAAGAUCAUCAACAUCAGCACCACGAACAAAGGCAGCAAGAGCUCGAACCUCAGAAGAAAGACGAAAAAGACGAAACAAUAAAACGACAUGGCAAAAAAUCAAAAGAUUAUACACCAGAAACAAAAGACUCAUACAAUUCUUGUGGUUCUGCCGUAUUGCUAUCGCGUUCUCAUUAUACUUUUUAAUUCUGAUUGAUGUGAUUCACUUGAAACAGAAAAAAGAAAAAGCAUUUUGGGUCGAGAUGUUGACGCAACUCUUGAGUGCAGAGUUUACUUUGAUUACUAUCAUUUUGCAUCCGAAACGUUUAAUAAAUUUACCCCGUGCUUGGAAAAUUACAAGAGUAAGCGGAGGUGGAAAUGUUGACGGUGGACAGGGUGUCCCCGAUGAAAUCAGGCAAUUGCAAAUGAAUGUUCAGAAAGAUUACGAUUGGUAUACUUAUCAGGGUGAACAAAAGUUUUUGUGCCCUCCGUUACGGUUGUUGUUGAUUUUGAUUUUUUGGAAUGUUGGAAGUAUUGGACAAUAUUGUCUUGCAAGUAUAAUAUGGUUCAUUCGACCAGGUAAUCGACCCAUAAUCGCAUACGGUAUACUCAGUGUCCUCACAUUCAUAUGUGAAUUCGGUCCACUCCCAUUUGUCUUUAUUCAAGCAAAACGCAAUCGAGAAUCUAAAGGAAGAACUUUAUCAUCCAGUUCACAGAGUUCGUUAACUGUUCAAUCAGAAAUGAGAGGAGUUUAA